AUGGCUCCCGAUGCUGCGGAUUCGGCUUCGGCCCCCUCCUCCUCCCCCGCUGCCCCCUGGUCUGGGCCUCCCAAGCCCAAACGCCUUCCCAAACGCAAGCACUACCACAGUGAGCUCGCCUGGAUUCAUGCUGAGCGCGCGCGCCUUGCGGAGCGCCUCAAAGUUGUCGAUAGCCUUUGCAAAGAAGACGCCGAGUCUAUCGACGCCUUCAAGGAUGAGAUUGCGCCUCUCAGGAAACGGGUCGAGGCUCACGCUGAGGCACCGUCCUCUAGCCUGACCCCUAGCCUGGAAGAAUACGUGGCGAGAGGCCGAAGGAUGGUUGAUGAGGCGAAGGCUGCCGCUGCUGCUUCCAAGACCGAGGGUCCCGAGCCCAACUCCUCGAACUCGACUACAAUUACUCUUUUUAGUCUCACAUACGAGUAA